CUUGAAUCCACAGUCACAUAAGUCACAUUGCAGUUUUGUUUGAUUAGUUGUUUAUUGGUAUGUGAAAAGAAAAGAAAUACCAUGGAAUCUAUUGUGAAGUCCGAGCCAAGCGAAUCGGAAGAAUGGCCAGAAGACAGGGCAUCUAUUAAAGAAGAAAUCGACAUAGAAUAUGGCAUGCCCUGGCUUGGCAAGCAGGAGAUUCCGGAUGAGGAACAGGAGUUGUCAUCAUCAGCUGUUUGUGGGAGCGACUCCUCUGCUGAAGAGGAGGAAGAAGGUAGCAAUGAAAGAUUGGGAGAAGAAGACGUCAAACAAGAGAAUGUGUUAUGCAAAACUACUCUCAAAAAACCUCAUCUGUGUACAUUCUGUUCUAAAAGGUUUUCUCAUUCUUGUAAUUUAACUGUUCAUAUGCGUACUCACACAAAAGAGAAGUCUUUCCAGUGUACAGUGUGUACUAAAAGGUUCUCUACUUCUGGUGAUUUAACACGGCAUAUGCGUACUCACACAAAAGAGAAGCCUUUCCAGUGUACAGUGUGUACAAAAAGGUUCUCCAUUUCUAGUAAUUUAACUGUUCAUAUGUGUACUCACACCAAAGAGAAGCCUUUCAAGUGUACAAUGUGUACAAAAAGUUUCUCCACUUCUGGUGAUUUAACACGGCAUAUGCGUACUCACACAAAAGAGAAGCCUUUCAAGUGUACAAUGUGUACAAAAAGUUUCUCCACUUCUGGUGAUUUAACACGGCAUAUGCGUACUCACACAAAAGAGAAGCCUUUCCAGUGUACAGUGUGUACAAAAAGGUUCUCCAUUUCUAGUAAUUUAACUGUUCAUAUGUGUACUCACACCAAAGAGAAGUCUUUCCAGUGUACAUUGUGUACUAAAAGGUUCUCUACUUCUGGUGAUUUAACACGGCAUAUGCGUACUCACACAAAAGAGAAGCCUUUCAAGUGUACAAUGUGUACAAAAAGUUUCUCCACUUCUGGUGAUUUGACUGUUCAUAAGCGUACUCACACAAAAGAGAAGCCUUUCCAGUGUACAGUGUGUACUAAAAGGUUCUCUACUUCUGGUGAUUUAACACGGCAUAUUAUGCGUACUCACACAAAAGAGAAGCCUUUCCAGUGUACAGUGUGUGCUAAAAGUUUCUCCACUUCUGGUGAUUUGACUGUUCAUAUUCGUACUCACACAAAAGAGAAGCCUUUCCAGUGUACAGUGUGUACUAAAAGGUUCUCCACUUCUGGUAAUUUAACCAUUCAUAUGCGUACUCAUACAAAAGAGAAGCCUUUCCAGUGUACAGUGUGUACUAAAAGGUUCUCCACUUCUAGUAAUUUAACACGGCAUAUGCGUACUCACACAAAAGAGAAGCCUUUCCAGUGUACAGUGUGUACUAAAAGGUUCUCUCAGUCUAUUAAUUUGACACGGCAUAUGCAUACCCACACAGUUUAAAUAACUCAAUUUCUUCUCUAUUGGUGUGUUCUCUUUGUUAUAUGUUCAUGAAAAAUAUCAAUAGCCUUGGUUUUCAAAUUAUCACCAAUGUUAUUUCAUAAUAGUUUAUAAUAUAUUAUUAUUAUAUACAUUAUAUAUCAUAGUUACAUAAAGUUCAAUUUAUUAUAUAGUGUAUAUAAAGUGAAGAAUGUCCUAGUUGAGUUAUAUUGUCAAAUUCAUUGUCCUAAUAGAUCAAAUUUUGUUAG